AUCACGCUCCUAGAACUCUACAGCGAUCUCUCGUUGAUCUCCAACUGCCGCCUCCAUUCGCCAUGGACCCCAACUGCUCCUGUGCCACAGAUGGAUCCUGCUCCUGCGCUGGCUCCUGCAAAUGCAAACAAUGCAAAUGCACCUCCUGCAAGAAAAGCUGCUGUUCCUGCUGCCCCGUGGGCUGUGCGAAGUGCUCCCAGGGCUGCAUCUGCAAAGAGGCUUCGGACAAGUGCAGCUGCUGCGCCUGAAGUGGGGGCGUCCUCACAAUGGUGUAAAUAAAACAACGUAGGAACCUAGCCUUUUUUUGUACAACCCUGACCGGUUCUCCACACUUUUUUCUAUAAAGCAUGUAACUGACAAUAAAAUAAAAAAACUUGACUUGA